AUGCCCGGUAAACCUAAAUACAGAGCACCGUACACACCGGAACGCCGCAUCAACAUUAUAACUUCCACAACACCAACAACCUCAGAUGAAUCUUCUUCUUCUUCAUCACCAUCUUCUUCUUCUACCGACAAUGAUGAUGAUGAUGAUGACGACGACGAUGACGAUGACGACGAAGAAGAAGAAGACGAAAACGUCAAUCAACACCGCCAUUCCUAUCGCAGUUAUUCUAGACAAAACAUUGAGUACUCGCCUGAACUAGCGUCUCCAGGCAUUCAUGCUAGACUCCGUGACAUGCACGCCAACCCUUCUGCGCCUGUUUCUUCGUCAACUCGUGGGUUCACCAAACACUAUCCUAGUAGCAGCAAUCACCACAAACGAAACAAAUCUAUUGCAGGCUAUGUUCUAGACACCGUUGUGGCGGAUGGUGCAGACGGUGGGGAAGAUCCGGCACCGACUGGUCGGCGGGCGUCGUUUUUGCGGCGCAUGUCGACAUCAACUCAUCGCAAAAUCCAAGGCAAAAGUCACAGUUUAGCAGCAGCAGCGGCAGCAGCGGCGGCAGCAGCAGCAACCGCAACAUCAGGUAGUAAAAAGUAUCCGGCAACUUUUGUGACACUAGAAAAUACUCCCCGACAUGGAACAGUGCGUCGCCACUCACGGUUCCACGAUGAUGAGGAAGAAGACGAUGGGUUUGAAGAGUAUGGGCCUGGGGCUUAUGCUGGAUACCGCCGGCGGAGUUUAGGGCUUACUGUAGGAUCUUCUGGAGGGGUAUUAUCACCUGGCCAUCAUUCUCAUCAUUCUCAUCAUUCUCACCAUUCUCACCAUUCUCAUCUCUCACAUUCUGUUUCUCAUCCUCCUGUUUCAACAUCCCAGGCUUUGGCCACAGUGACAACUCCACAAGCAUCUUCUGUGGUUUUACCCAAGUUCAAUGACAUUUUACCAACAACUCCAGGAGUCAGAAAACCCUCUACGACAACUACGACAACCUCAGAAACAGCAGCCGACUCGCUAGUAUCUGAGAUUGAACGGCUGGAGCGGGAGCAGCAGUCACUGAGACACAGCUUAAAUUUAAGGCAACGCAGCAGUGGCGGGGCCCAUAGCAGUCAUUCACAUUCAUAUUCACAUUCACAUUCAAAUUCUCAGCAGCAGCAGCAGCAGCAGCAACAGCAUCGGAAUUCUAUGCGACGAGAAUCUACUCAGUCUCAUCGGCGACACUCUCAUAACCUCCACCAAGAUCUUGAUUUGGAAAGCAAUGGAGACGACAGAAACAGCAAUAACGCAUUAAGGCCUGUGUCAGGGACAGCUCAGUUGGGUACAACUAUAAACAACUAUCGCAUUAACCAUUACCAUUACUACGGGCGUGACGAAAAUGAAGAGGGGGAAGAAGACCAGGAUGGUGAAAAGGCUGUUUUGCAUGUUGGAGGAAGAAAUGAUAAACAGCAGCGGCACCGGUCUGAUCCUUCUGCUGCCAAGUUACCUUUGUCUUCAGGUGUUAGUGGUGGUGGUGGUGGUGGUGGUGUGACUCAGCAUCAUUCUCGGACCCGGUCUGCGCCUGUGGUUCGGGUGUCGCGGGGUGCAACUGGCUCUGUUGGUGGUGGCGAUGCGCGGGGCCAGGAAGAGCAGCAGCAGCAACAGCAGCGCCUUGAGAAUCGGAUGGCGCCGCACGGACCCAAACAGGUAAGUGGCCGAAUUGGGAAAUCCAAUAGCGGAAGUGGCCUAAGUUUCCAUGACAACGCUGUGAGUGCUGCCGACGCGUCUGUUGUCCCAGCACAACCCAGCCAGCCGCCCAGCCAACUUCCCAGCCAACUUCCAAGCCAACAACCCAGCCAGCCCAGUCAACCCAGCCAGCCCAUCCAAAGCAGAACGCGGAUGCUUGUGGGCGCCAGAAAAAUUGUAGGCAGCAGUAGCUCACAAGAAAAGAAAAUUCCAGCCUCCCAGCAGUUUCACCAACACCAUCAACAUCAUCAACAUCAUCAACAUCCUCAAUUCAAAGACCCUCAAAUGCUUCAAAACCAAUCUGCUGGAGCUGUUGGCAUCAGCCAACAGCUUCCUGAGCAGCCUCAAUCUACAGACAAUACACCACCAACCCCACAAACGCCGCAGCAAACAGCCAUUCGGUCUCCUGCAAACUUGACCCCUCAGCAGCCAGUCUCGCGUAACCCUCAAAUCCGUAGACAGAUCGACCUGGCUCGGUCAGGAACUACCAGCAGUAAACCCAAGAAUAACAACAACAACGAUAAUAAUAAUAAUAAUGCUACGACCUCGUCUACAACAAACCCGCGAACAUUUCACAGUAUCCCGUCGUUGGAGCAGCUCAAUGCCCAAGAGUUUGGCUCCUCGCUGCUCAUGAUCCGCAGGAAAACCUCGGCUACUUCGCUCAAACGAACACCAGCAACUGCAGGAGGAACCGCGCUGGUACGUGCAAACCCAUUGCGCAGACUCUGGGUCCGCCUGUUUCGCCGUAAACCAAAAGCUCGUUACAAUUUUACAAAAGCCCAGCUAUCAGCGAAACCCAGUCCAAGUGGUGGUUCGCUUAGACUCAGCUCUCCUUCAUUCAAAGUUUCUUCUGCAAAACCCCGACAGUACCGCGUCAAGCCUGGAUCUUUAUGGCGACUUCGCCCACAACCUAUCCGUAAACCUACACCACAGCCUUCAGCAAUCUCAAAGCCUUUGCUCGUCACAAAAUUCACAGGCAUCAACGCGUCAGGCUCAGCAGAAGUUUUGUCCAUCCGCUCUUCACACUCAUCAGGAGCCCUCCGAGUCCACACAUUUACAGGCCUGCCCCUUUCCCACCCAUCGCUCAUAUCUUCUGUCAAUGCACUUUCUCGAGCUUCUUCUUUUUAUUCUUCAGCACGCGUCCCAGUGACCAGACCUUCUGGGUCAACCUUCUCGCGCGCGUCUUCCACGUCUUCUCUGCGUCAUCAACCUUCUCUCCAUGCAAUGGAAUCUCUGUCUCAAUAUACAAUCUCGGAGGAACCUGCAGAAGACUCGAUUUCUGUGCAAGCUCCUACUUCUAGAGCCGCUCUGCUGGUCCCAGAAGCUGCCUCGUCGCGUGAUUCUCUUGACGUCAGACUCGAUAUGCUUCAGCAUAACCUUGACGAGGCCCGCAAAAUCAAACGCAGAAUGACAAACGCGUCGCGUGCAGCUACAGCUACAGCUGCUGCCGUAUCUACCGCCGCUACAGGAUCUGUAGCAGCAUCUGCAGCCGCGGGGGCAGCCGCAGUUUCAUCUGCAGCUCCGGGUCGCACGUCAUCCCGAAGGUCCAUUCUCAGCCAUAAGUCAUCUUUCUCAUCACUUUACCGUCGCCCGUCUCUUUCUCGGUCUUUCAUUUCUCUCAACGCAGAGAACCAACAGCACACUCCCACUCGUGCAUCCACCAAAUACGACCCAAUGAAUCCCAACCUCUUCAAACCUCAUUACUCGUCUGCUAUCCGACGCUCUGAGGUUAUCACCAUUGACGACUCUGACGAUUCUGAAGAUUCAGAUGUAAUUCUAACAGAACCACCCAAAAACAUCUCCAAGAUGGACCAGGAUUAUCUGGCCGAGCCCAUCCGAGUCGAAGAAGCCCUUGCAUUCGUCAACACAUGGUCCGCAUACCUGCGGCGUGCCAUUGCAGUGCGCAUCAUUCUGCGCCAGGAAAUGCAGGAGCUGGAGAAUGCAAAAGUCAAGCGCCAGCAGCGCACAUGGGAGGCCAACCGAGCAGUUUCUGGAGAGUACACUCAUCAGCGUCCAAAGUUCCAACAGCAACGACCUGUGGAGAUCCCAGAGGACUCCGAGAGCGAGGACUCGUACUUGGACGACGACGCGCAGUCCAUGUCGUCUUUUCACUCGUCAACAACUUCUAACUCGAGUCUGGGUGAUCGCAACAGGUUUUCAUACUCAGUAAAAUAUUCCAAACAGGAUCCUCAGCGGCAACAGCAACAACAACAACAACAACAGCAGCAAAAGCAACAGCAACAGCAGCCGCAAACCCGGGGAGCCCGGCAGCAUCAGCAGCAGCAUUCUCAGCAGUAUAAGCAGCCAGAUUUAUAUGACUCCGACAGCGUGAUUUCUAUUUCUAGCGACGAUGAAAGUCUUCUUGAAGAUUCUGAAGAGGAUGAGAUUUUCCAAGACGCAGUGUCUCACCAUGUCCCGGCCCCACCAAUGGAACUAACAACAGCAUCCAAGCCAAAGGGCCACAAACGCACCGCAUCAUCUAUCCGCCGCGCAUUGCGCACCGGCGAGUAUCAGACCCGUUACACAGCCCUCAUGUCACCCAACCUCGACGUCCUGGUGCCUCGUCGGCGGGCUCUCAAGGUCGACCGGGCAACCUCACCAGCCCAUUCUUCGUUGCUUGCAUCUCGCCAACCCUCGCCAGCUCAACCUUCGCCUGCUCCAGUUUCUGUUUCAGCCAUGACAUCGCCGUCUCCCGCUCCUCGUGCGGCGGCCGCGUCGCGCUCUGUAUCGCGUACUGAGUCGCCAGCCUCGGACCAGUCUCAGGUCCCGCCGCUGCCCGACAUGCAGGCCAAUGAGUUCCUACGCCCAUCGUCGAGCCUGUCGCGGCGCCCACACAUCGACGCUUCUGCUACUGAUACUUCAAGUUCUUCCAAAGACUCAGCGCCUAAGCAGCCGCUCGCAAAACCCCCGUCCAUGGCUAAACCUCCUCCAACAGCUGCCUCUGCAUCAUCCCAGCGAACACCACCAAGACCUUUGCCUACUGUCCCCGGGUCCACUGAGGUGUCCCCUGCAAACUCCAGUGAGUCGGGCACAUCUGCCAAGGACACGUCCAGUGCAUCUGCGCCUUCAGGGCCCUCGACAUCUUCGGGCACUUCCAACAGCGUUGAUCCUGCGCCAGCCACGUCUGGCCAGACAGUUUCUGUGGGCGUACAGCCCGUCAAAACAUCUGCUACAUUGUCUUCGGAAGCUCUUCCAGCAGUUGUUUCAACAUCGGCUUCUGGUACAGCUGUUUCCCCUGUCAGUGCAUCUCAAUCCCAAAACCAGAACCCGCAAUCAUCUAAGCCAGACUCGUUCUUUUCUUCAUCUUCUGGGGGGUCACCUACGGCCCAAAAACGGAUAGUUUCUGCGCCUCUCUUGUCAACAUCCAGCGAUAGCAACAGCCCCUUGUUGCGCGAUGGGCUCAGCGCUGGUAGUACUUCUGUUUCUGGCUCUGCAUCUGGGUCGUCCCACUCGUCAUCGUCGUCGCCACCUCUCACAAAGUUGUCGCCUCCUGCAGCCGUCACCGCAGCCUCAUCGUCUUCAUCUGUACCUGUUGCACGCCGCGCAGCAUCAUACUCUGCGGGUGUGCUCAUGGGCAAACCUUCUGGAGAGAGUGGUUCUUCGGAUAGCAACCGAACACGGGUGAGUGGCAGUUCGUUUGAGAGCAGUGGUAGUGGCAGUGGUAGUGGAGGUAGCAGUAGUGGGCAGUUUAGCGGCAGUUCUGGAGCAUCGAGUGCCGGGUUGCGCAUCCCACGAGUGCUGCAGGAGCAGUACAAGAUAAGCGACCGGAUUCUGGAAGAUAUGGUUCAGGAGAUGGAGGAACUUCAACAGAGGUCGACUCAACUAUCGGCCAAAUCCCAACGACAGCUUCACUUAUUGCUAGAGGAUUCCAACAGUAGUAGCAACUCUGCUGAGCAAGCAGCAUCGGUGACCUCGCCUAGUUCAACAGCCUCGUCGUUGGCAGACCCGGCAAUAUCGCAACCCCAUACGCUCUCCACAACAACCACAAUCACAUCGCUGGGGACUGCGCGUGCCACAGCUUCUCCCACCAGCACAAGCACGGGCACCGGCGGAAGCAGCAGAGUGUUGUUGCAGGGGGGUCCCGGGUCAUCGUCUCAGCAGCAGCAGCAGCAGCAGCAGCAGCAAUCGGCAACCCCACUCUUGUCUUCUUCGCUAAGUUCUUCACAAUCGUCACUGGCCUCCGAUGUCGUUUCUGACUUUUCGCCUAACCUCACGUCGCUCUCGCCUAUUGCAACACCUUCUGCACGCAUCGUGCAGCAGACCACAGCUCGUGACCCACCUACCUCACAGGUGUCCGGAGCCACGACGCUUGCUGGGAGCGCGCCUCCAUCAGCGGUUCAGCCCAGCCAUGCAUCGCGGCUUUCCACAACGUCGACGCUAUUGGCAUCUGCACAGAGUGUGGCUGGCAAGACCCGCGGCAGUGGAGUUUCUGGUCCACAGACAUUGCAGUCUAAGGCGCCCCCCACGACGCUGUACCGGAACGUUUCGCAGUACUCGUCAUCGGCCAGUGAAUACGAGGGCAGCGGUGCUGCCGGUUCUGGACUUGGCGACUCGUCGGACGAGUCUGCGUCACAUAUUUCUGUGACAAAUUUCCAUGUGCAGGUGCCGUUGGAGAGCACCGAGGGCGAAUAUGUGCUGCAUGGACCACCGACCGUGACUACGGAGCCAUCGCCUAUCGUAUCUCCGGUUCCGUCAGUGCUGCAGGUGAGCCAGGAGGACAACGAGUACGAUGCAACAUUACCCAUGCCCAAGCGCAUGCCAUAUGUGGUGGCGACGAGCCAGCACCAUGGUGUACGACGCGCGUCGUCACCGGUCACUGAUGGGUCCGAUGAUGGGUAUGCGAGCCCAGUUCCACGGCAAAUGUCAGUUUCGGUGGAGUCGUUGACAGCAGCAGCGGCAGCAGCAGUUGCUGGGCACUCUUCGCCUGGCGCAAAGUCUUCUGGAGGUCUUUCCCGAGGUAAGCAUAACCGCCGACGCGAAAACAAGGUUGGUAGUGCAGGAUCCGGGAGCGAGGAAGGAUCGCUGUUUUCAGUGGUCUCUUCACGCGGUUCGUCUUCGGCUCUUGCUCCGCCGCAUGCUUCUGCCAAAGAUGUACCAUAUUCAUCGUUCACGACAUCGUACUCACAACAGCAGCAGCAGCAACAACAACAACAACAACAGGCACAGCAACAGGCCCAAUGGGUAGCUGCGCAGCCCAAAGUGCGACCACGAUAUGCGUAUGAUGACGAGGGUGGGUCAAGGGACAGCGUUGUGACGCGGUACUACGACACGGUUUCUGGGCCUGUAUCUUCGACGUCAGUGUUUGUUUCUGCGCCACGAGGGUCUAACCGAGCCCAGCAGCAGGCGGUGCCGAGCGGGCUGAGCACAGACUCUGAUGGAUCCAUAUCGUCGUCGAGCAGUGGAGAGAAGAGAGCUCGGCGACGGAUCGGAACGAGUUGGAUAAAGAUGGAGAGUUUGUAA